AUGGCUGGGAGAAGAGAACAGAAGGAUGGGAAACAGGAAAGCGAAAGGGAAAACAGCGGCGUUGCUGCUGGCAGCAUCUGGGACCUGGUUUGCUUUCCGUGGGGAUUCCAGGGUUUGGGAGCAGCUGGGGAGGUCGCUCGGCUGCGGGACAGGAUGGUUGGGACCCUGAUGUUGUGUGGGGCCCCGCCUGCGGAGCCAGCAACUUCAUUUCACAAAGUGGAUAUCACCCUGGGCUGCUCCUACAUGAGGGAAGAUGGAAGAGGCUCACUCCUCACCCUUGGUGGCUUGUCCUCUGAGCAUCCUGCUACCCUUGUGCUGAGGGGUAGCAGAGUCAGAAAUAAUGGCUACUUAGGUGAUAUAGCUGAGUAUAAUGUCCCACAGAAAAAUCACAGUCACAGCGAACCUCUAAUAUUCUUUGCAGGGUUUCAGUUGGUACCCAUCCCAUAUGCAGAGUCCCUGCUAUAUAUGGACUGAGAUAGGGAAGAGGUGACCUGUGAGAUCCCAGCAGCCCAGCAGGGGACCCUGCCAUACUUUUCCUUAAUGACCACCCAACAGCUCUUGGUUGGGAUCAGUAUUACCCUGGUGCUGAGAGGCCCCCACUGCAUCAGCCAGAAGGAGAAGGAGCACAAUGCAACACUGCACCCAGAGCUGAGGAUUCCUAUGAGCAAGGUGGGGACAAUGCUAACUACAGUUGAAUUUCAGUCAUCAUCACGCAAGACUUCCCUGCACGUACGUCUUGGCAGCUCAGUCACCCUUGACUGCCACUUUCCCUUGGCUCCCAGCUCCUCACUAUCCCCCCUGGAGUGGAGGAGGCAGCACUGAGGCAGUGGCCUUACCCUUUUCCAGUACCAGGUGGGGAGCACAGGCCAGACAGCACAGCCAAAAGUCCAUGUGGAUCGUGGAGACAUGUCACUUAGCCUGCAAGAAGUCAGUGUAGGAGAUGAAGGGACAUACAUCUGUUUGCUGUCCGCUCCACUGUACCAGGCCCACCACAUCAUCCAGCUGCACAUAGCAGAACCUCCAAGAGUUCAUAUGAUUCCAGCAGUAGUGACACAUGAGAGAGAUGUGAUGACUACUUUGGCCUGCAACAUUGCUGGCUAUUACCCCCUGGACAUCUCAGUGAGCUGGACACAGAAGGCUCCUGAAGUGGAAAUCCCUGUCUCAAACAUGCGAUUUCGGCAAAGCCGAGAUGGCACCUCCAGCAUCACCUCCUACUUCAGCAUCAGCUCAGCCAAAGGGCAGGCACCAGCCACCUGCAUCUGCCGUGUGUCACACAUGGCCCUAGAAAAGCCCAUCUCUGUGAGCACCCAUCUUAAGGCUCCAGAGCAAGCAGAAUCAGAAGGACUGGUAGGGGCUUUCAUUGCUACCAAUUUUAUCGUUGCCCUCUUCAUUGUACUCAGGAGAAGAGGAGAUAGGAGUUCAACAUGCUGA